AUGGCACUGCGAGUCCGAGACUGGGAGGAGCCGCUGGCCCUGCUGGGUCAUCACCUCUCCACGGCGCAGCUCCUGCACCUCUUCACGGUCCUGCCGCAAGAGUGUGAGGACGCCGAGAGGGAGACUGGUGUCGAUCAGCUCGCCGACAUCCACCCUGCGCGCGCCCGCCUGCGCGCCUGGGUGCCGGCUGUCCUCCCCUGGCUCAGGAGCGUGCACGGCAAGGAGUCGCGUCCUGGGUCUGCCAUCGAGGCUUCCAUCCUAGCGGCCUUCUCUGCAUGGGUGGCCUGGGGCUGCCUGGAGGAGCUCGAGGUGGGUCAGGCCGACUACUUCAUCGCCGCCGCCUGCGCCUGCCUAGAGCCGUCCGGCAACCCAUCCCGGGCCCAGCAAGGCGUUGACGUGCUGGCGGAGGUGAUCGAGCGCGCUUCGCCCAAGCAGUCGGCCACCCUGGAACGACUGGCCCUGCAGUUUGCGAGCACGGCAGCGGGGGGACCACAGGGCUCCACCGCCGUCGCCUCGUUGCUGGGGCUGUACUGCGCGGACUCCAGGAAUCAGGGCGUAGUGGCCGGGCGAGGGAAGACUGGGGCAGCCUUACGUGAGGCAUUGCUGAGUUUCCUGGUCUCCAGCAGGGCACCGGACACUGGGACUGCUGCCGAUCGUCUGGACUGUGCCCUGGCUGCAUCCAUCAUGGCAGCUCUGGAGAAUGUGCUGAGGGACAGCACCGCCUUUGGGAGUGCCCUUUUCCUGCUGUCUUGCGCGUACCUCGACACGGAGGCGGAGGACAUGGUGACUGACUGGCAGCAGGCGCCCUCCUCUGUACCAGACCUCGCCGCCCUCCUCGGCGGUGUCCCCAGCCUGGGCCCGGGGUCCCCAGGGCCGACCCAGCUCCACCUCGACUCCCUGGCUUGCUUCAGCGCCCUCGCGCCAGGCCUCGUGCCCGCCCUGGCCGCCCGGCCGGAGCGCGAUGCACUCCUGGGGCGGGCGCUGGACCUUUCGCUCGGCUGCCUGCGUGCCGCGGGCGGGGCGGAGCCCGGAGGCCCAGCCCCGGCGCGACGAGCCGCGCUGCUCGAGCGCUCCCCCGGCACGCUGUGCACGCUGUGCCUCGCCGCGCAGCGUGCGGGCGCGCCCCCCACCCAGGCACUCGUCCCUGCGCUGGAAAGCGCGAUCGCGUUCCUGGCUCAGGCCGGUCCGGCGAGCGUCGGCGCCCCCGACGCGUGCCGCCAGCUGGCAGUGGCGGCCACCCACAUCUGUGCCGGCCUCCCUGCAGCCUCCCUGGGUGCCCCGGCCAUGGCCCUGGUCACUGCCUGCGGGCCAGGGGGAGGUCUCCCCCCUGCCGCCGCGCUGGCCAGCACCCUGGCGCUGCUGGAGGCGUUCGAGUGCCGCGGCGCGGGCGACCCCGCGACCAGCGCUCCAGCGCGAGCGUCUUCGAGCCAGGCCCUGGCAGGGUGGCGGGCCCUGGCACGGGACGCGGGCGCAUCACUCCCACGCGCUGAGCUGGCGGACCGCCUCUCGCGCUGCCUGGCCAGCUGCCUGGCCCUGGCGCCGGACCUGGCCCGACCGGAGUUGCCCGGUCUGCUGGAGUGGUGCGUCGGCUGCAUGGCGCGGCCGGGGGAGGAAAGCACGCACGUGCUGCUGUGCAGGGCGCUGGAGACGUGGGGCGCCGAUGUCACCGCCCGGCCCCUGUUGCUGAGAGCGGUGCUUGAUGUGCUGGGCCGUGGAGUGGCAGGCUCGGACGCCGCCACCGUCGCGGCGCGGCAGACCACGCUCCUGUGUGCGCUGCGCACGCUGCGGAGUGACCGUGUCGCUCAGGCGGAGCUCGCGCCGCGCGCCGCGGAAGCAGCAACCGCCGGCAUGAGCAGUCAGAACCCCACCCUGGCCCGGAACGCGCUCAAACUCCUGGCCGAGCUCCUGCUCCCACUGGGCAUUGAAGGCAGCAGUGCGCCGGGCCUGCUCCGCAGCCUGGCGCCCACGGUCGUCUGCGCGCUCUUCGUCGCGUUUGCCUCGCCCGUCUUGGCGUGGCCGCUCCCGCAGCUGGCAAAGCUCACGGGCGACGUCGGGCUGCUGGCGGCGCUGUGCGCGCUGGAAGAGGGGCUGCAGGGAGACGUGGUCGAGCGCGCAACCGGCCUCCUGGCCGGCUGGAGCGCGCAGGCGGGGCGCCGAUUGCUCGACCCCGGCACGCUGGGCGAGCGAGAGGCCGGCGCGCUGCAGGCCGCCUGGGAGUGGGGCCCAGCGGUGAGCGUGGGCCUCUGUCGCGGCGUGGCCAUGCUGGGCCUGGCGGCGCCUCGAGCCACGAGCCUGGCGCAGGCAACACGCGACCUCCAGCUCACCGUCGCCGCCGUGGCGGGGGCAAUGCGUGCUGCGAUCGCGGCGUGA